AUGAUUGAAAAGAACUUUUCAAUCGUUGAUUAUUUGGUGUUUGGGAUAUUCCUAUCGUCGUCUGCAUUGAUCGAUCGUAAAAAGGCAUCCAAUGAAGAAUUUUUAACGGGUGGCAAAAAUUUAGCACUCUUUCCGAUUUGGUGCAAAUGCUGUGCGAAUAUCAGGAUCAAUUGGCUGCCAUAUCUGGGAGUUGUUUUGUACGGACCAGCAUUAGCAUUGGCUUCUGUCACCCCGUUGUCUGUGACCGGUUCAAUACUGGUUGUGGGUAUCAUUUGUACUUUCUACACAUCAAUUGGCGGUAUUAAAGCGGUUAUUUGGACGGAUGUGUUACAGACUAUCCUCAUGUUCAGUGGUCUACUUAUGGUGGCAAUAGUGGGCUCAAUAGAAAUGGGAGGUGUGUUGGAGCCCUGGAAAAUAGCCUACGAUAACAAUCGACUUGUUAUAUUUAAUUCUGAGUUUAGUCUGUAUAGAGGCGAUACAUUUUGGGCCGUUUUCAUGGGCACAUUGACGGCUUGGACGGGUACCUAUUGUGUUAAACAGACUCAAGUGCAGAGAUAUUGCUGUAUGAGUACUCCCCAAAAGGCUAAAAAGUUAUAA